CUGGAGCCUGGGAAGAAGAUGCAAGCCAGCCCCAUCCGUAUCCCAACUGUUAGCAAUGACAUCGACUGGGAUUUCUGCUUCCGUAUGUCACAGCAAACCGAGAUCCCAGCUCACCAGCAAACAGAUAAGUUGUAUCACACCGGUGGAUGUGGAGAGAGUGAAGAGGAAACUAAAGCUAAAGAAGAGGAGAAGGCCAUAGACUGUAUGUCUCAUCCCAAAGAGAAAUUAGCCCAAUCCCAGAAGAAAGUAGCUCAGCUGAUUAAGGAAAAAAUGAAUACUCAAGCAAACAAGGAGCUGAUUCGAUGUGCCAUCCUUUCUCGGAUUAUUUUUGGGGACCAUCACUGGAAAUGUGCACAAGCUCUGACCAACCUAGCUUACGGCUACUUGACACUGAGAGGCCUCCCAGUUCAGGCCAAGAAACAUGCUGUGUCGGCCAAGAAUACACUGUUGACCUGGAAGGCAAAUACGACCUCAGAUAAGGAGAAAGAGGAAAUCCUGGAAGCUCUGGUCAUGCUGUACUACACUCUGGGGGUGGCCUGGCUCCUGCAGAACCGUGGCAGAGAAGCCUAUUUCAACCUGCAGAAGGCAGAGAGAAACAUGAAGGAGCUGAAAGAAUUAUAUGAAGGAGGCAUUUGUGAACUACAAGUCUCUGAGAAAGACCUAACACUUGCUUUGGGCAGAGCCUCCUUGGCCAUCCACAGAUUGAACCUAGCACUGACAUACUUUGAAAAGGCAAUUGGCGAUGUUAUUGCUGCCAAGGGUGACAGGACGUCAGAUCUGAUCAGCCUGUAUGAGGAAACUGCUCAGAUCGAGCAGCUAAGGAGGAACCACAACCAGGCCAUCCAGUACUUGCAGCAGGCUCAUUCUAUCUGUGUUUCUUUGUUCACUGAAGUCAGCCCCAAAACUGCAGAAACGAGUGCGUUACUGGCCAAAGCUUAUGCCAUGUCUGGAGAGGCCCAGCACAGGGAUGCUGUUGAGACAUAUUUCAUAAAAAGUAUCAAUGCAUAUCGAGCAACACUGGGCUCAGAGGAUUUUGGAACACUGAGCACCACUGAAGAAUUUUGCAAAUGGCUUGUCCAAAAUGGAGAAAAACAGGAGAAGUAGCAGUUCAUCCAGAUGGAGAACAGAAGCCAUUCCUGGAAGAAGGAACUCUACAUACAAAGGCACAGAAGCAUGACAAAGGGCAGUGUAUGGAGGAAUGGUCUUCUGUUAUUAAACUGAAAACCUUUAUACACGACAGCCAACAAUAAAGACAACCUUGUUGAUGAUAAAAAUUCUCGAUCACAAAAUGUUUCUCAACAUUGAUAGCAUUGGCAGAUCUAAAACAGAACGGUUUUUU